CUCCAAUCCAAGUUUUAAGAGAAAUACAAUCAAGCUCAAACCUAAUUUGACAAGUCUGGGAUUUCAAAUCUAGAUCGAAGCUGGCACUUCUUAGCAUUGAGCUCAGCAGACCAUUCCCAAUUUCCCUCAAAACUGAAAAUUCUAUAUCAAAUCAGUGAUUGAAUCAAAUCGAAUCGGUCCUCAUCUUCUCUCAUUCCACAGAUUCAAAGUGUGCGAUAAUGUCUGGGGAGGGGGUUGAGGGGGUUAUUCAAGUGCCUGAAACUCGGGAAGAUGAUUCUUUGAAGCCUGAGACACAGUUGUCUGAAACGAAUGGAGAUCAUUCCAAGGAAAAUGCUUUGAUAAAUGCCAACUUGAGUUCGGAUGAUGCUCAUGAUAAGCUUUUACAGACAGUUACCGAACUCAAAUUUGAGAAUGAAUUCCUAAAGUCUCAGCUGGAGAACUUCAAAAAUUCCCAAUCAGAACAUUAUGUUCCAUCCGGACAAACUAAUGUAAGUGAAACGGAAACCGAGUAUCCGACUAACGUAAAAGAACUGCAUGAGAAAAUAGAAUCUUUGGUCAGAGAACUUAAUGUAGAAAAAAAAACACGAGCUGCAGCAGAAGACGCUUUAAAGCAUCUUCGAGAGGUCUACUCAGAAGCAGAUGCCAAAGCUCAAGAACUCUAUGGCAAGCUUGCUGAAGCUCAACAAAAGUUGGAUCAAGAAAUAAAAGAGCGUGAGGAGAAGUACAAUGAGCUUGACUCCAAAUUUAACCGGCUUCACAAACGUGCGAAACAGCGCAUUCAAGAGGUUCAGAAGGAAAAAGAUGACAUUGAGGUCAGGCUUCAUGAAGCUAAUGAAUCAAUUGAGAAAGCAUCAUCCCAACAGUCAGGUCUGCAGCAAGAGCUCGAGCGCACACGUCAACAAGCAAAUGAAGCAUUGAAAGCGAUGGAUGCAGAGAGACAGCAAUUACGAAGUGCAAACAAUAAACUCCGAGACAAUAUUGAGGAAUUAUGCCGUUCAAUGCAACCUAAAGAAGAUGCAAUUGAAGCAUUGCAACAAACAGUUUUAGAGAAAGAACAGAUGUUAGAAGACUUGCAAGGACUACUACAACUUGCGGAUGAAAAAAGGCAAGCUUCAGUGGCAGAGGCAGCUGCUAAACAUCAGAAAAAUAUUGAGAGCUUGGAAGCACAACUAGCUGAUGCUUUAUCUGAUAGAACUAAGGCCACUGAAACGAUUUCUUCCCUGCAGGUGCUUUUGGCAGAGAAAGAGUCUAAAAUUGCUGAGAUUGAUGCAGCUUCGACUGGUGAAGCUGCACGAUUAAGAGCUGUUGUGGAAUCUAUUAGAGGAGAGCUUUCACAUGUGAAACUUGAGCAUCAAAAGGAAAAGGAGAAGUGGGAAGCUGCUUCUCAGGCAUUCAAAGCAAAACUUGAAGCUGCUGAGAGUAACUGCAUUCGUGCUGAAAUAGAAGCUGCUAAAAUGAGAAGUCAGCUGGAAUCAGAGGCAUCUCUGCAGACCCAGAUGCUAAGUACUAAAGAAGCCGAGCUAGCAGCUGCUAAAGAAGAGAUUAGCCGUCUUGAAAGGGAAUUUUCCUCUUAUAAAAUUCGUGCGCACACACUUCUCCAGAAAAAGGAUGCAGAACUAGCAGCAGCUAAAGAGUCUGAACAAACAAAAGCACUUGAAGAAGCAUUAAAAGAGGUAGAAAGAGAAUUGUCAUUGGUAUCGGCAGAAAGGGAUAGGGUCCGUCAAGAUGUUCAGGAUGUUUUAGGCAAUCAUGAAAAAGAACUUGCAGAAAGAGAUGCAGCACUUGACAAUGCCAAACAGCAGAUCAAAAGUUUAGAGAGCAAUCUUCAUUCUGCUACUGCUUGCCACCAAUCAGAGAAAGCUGUAUGGGAAAUGGACCUUAAAAAUUUGGAAGAAACUUGGCGAUACAGAUGCGAAGCACUUACUGCUCAAAAUGAAGCGUCAUCUGGUGAAGAUAUACAAAAAAAAUUAGAGGAGACAAAAUUACAGUACAAGCGGUUGAAGGAGGAGCACGCAUCAUUACGAAAUCUUGCUGAUAGAAUGAUUGAGGAGAAGGAUAAUGAAAUUUCUAGACUUUUGGAUGACAACAAGAAUCUUCAACGAUCUCUGGACUCGAGACAACUGGCUGAUCACACUGAGAAUUACAACACAGCCAUACAAAAACAAGAUGCUCCGAGUCUAAACACCUCUACAGCAGAACAGCAGAUUCUGAUAUUAGCAAGGCAGCAGGCUCAGAGGGAGGAAGAGCUGGCACAAUCACAGCGACACAUUUUCGCCCUUCAGGAAGAGAUUGAGGAGCUUGAACGUGAAAAUCGCCUUCACAAUCAACAGGAAGCUAUGCUGAAAGAGGAACUUCGCAACAUGGAAAGAUCGAAAAUGAGAGAAGGUGUCGAUAUGACGUACCUGAAAAAUGUAAUCCUAAAGCUUCUUGAAACAGGUGAAGUGGAAGCUUUACUACCCGUUGUAGCAAUGCUUCUUCAAUUUAGUCCUGAAGAGAUGCAGAAGUGUCAACAAGCCUACCGCAGCUAUACCGAUGUGCCAAGCCAGGCAAAUGAAACAUCCCCGACCCUUUCACUUUUUUCAAGAUUCUCAUUUUCUUAAAGGUAACAUAAAAUUCAUCUGCCGGAUGAUCUGUCCGUUUCUGUUUCUUGCUUUACCCACAGUUGGUGGCUGCUAGAAAGAAAUCACGGCCGUGGCCACAGCAAAGCAUUCUUUUUUCCUUUUGGUUUUGUAACAUUUAAGUUACGUAUAUGAUUCAGUUGUAAAAGAAGACCCGGGAGGACGAAUGAUAUGAUACAUACAGCAAAAUGUAAAACGUUGAGGCAACUGUUUUUGGCCCACAUUCGUUUGU